GAUUGGGCGCCCACGGGUGAGGUCAUCACGAGGCGCCGAGGAGGGAAGCGGGAAGCGCAGGUAUCAUAUCUGAAAAUAUGAAGUCAACUAUGACAGUUUCUUACUGGAGAAAUUCUCCCUUGGCUUGUGAAAUGAAACAUUAAAUUUGUUCAGAGUCUCCUGGGCCAUAAUGGCCGUCAAGUGGACUGGUGGACAUUCUUCUCCUAUUCUCUGCCUGAAUGCAAGUCAAGAAGGCCUAGUGGCUUCUGGAGCAGAGGGUGGUGAUCUCAUGGCUUGGGGUGAAGAUGGGACUCCUUUAGGACAUACACGCUUCCAAGGGGCCGAUGAUGUUACCAGUGUCUUAUUCUCUCCCUCCUGCCCCACCAAGCUGUAUGCCUCACAUGGAGAAACCAUUAGCUUACUGGAUGUCAGGUCCCUCAAAGGUUCCUUGGACCAUUUUCAUGUGAAUGAGGAAGAAAUCAAUUGUCUCUCAUUGAAUGAAACUGAAAACCUGCUGGCUUCUGCUGAUGACUCCGGGGCAAUCAAAAUCCUAGACUUGGAAAAUAAGAAAGUUAGCAGAUCACUGAAGAGACAUUCCAAUAUCUGUUCCUCUGUAGCUUUUCGACCUCAGAGGCCUCAGAGCUUGGUAUCGUGUGGACUGGAUAUGCAGGUGAUGCUGUGGAACCUUCAGAAAGCGCGGCCACUCUGGAUUACAAAUUUGCAGGAAGAUGAAACAGAAGAGAUGGAAAGCCCACAAUCACCUGGUCAGCUUUUAAACCCUGCUUUAGCCCACUCUGUGUCUGUGGCAUCAUGUGGCAAUAUUUUUAGCUGUGGUGCAGAAGAUGGUUUUUUUCAUCUCUCUGCUCUGCUGUCCUGGCUUGCUCACUGAGGCUGGUUCCCCUCAUGGUCAUAAAAGGGUGACUGUUGCAGUACCAGGCGUUACGUGAAGAUUCAACAAUAUGACGAAUGAAGACAGACCAUUUCUACUAUGUGUUUUUUGUCACCAGAAAAGCUUUCUUCCCUGUUACAAAAGGACAAAUAUACAAUUCCGCUUAUAUGAGGACCUAGAGGACUUAAAUUCAUAGGGACGAAAAAGUGAAAUGGUGGUUUCAGGGAGUAAGGAGAAGGCAGAAUGUGGAGUUGGCAUUUAAUGGGUAUAGAGUUUCAGCUGGGGAAGAUGAGAAUGUUCUGGAGAAGGCUGGUGGUGGUGGUUGGUUGGGCGACAGGGUAAAUGUGCUUAAUGCCAUAGAACCCUCCACUUAAAAAUGGUAAAAAGUGGUUAAAUUUUUUUGGUGUUUUUUUGUCUUAUUUAUUCAGGGGCGCC